CGGACAAUUCAAGUCUUCGUAUCGGCCCUCUCUCUCUCUCUCUCUCUCUCUCUCUCAUCCUUGUGACACGUCCUUGCUAAUUGACUCGAGAUAAAAACUGGAUCAAAGUCAAGUACGCAUUGUUCAAAGGUCAGGCGAGGAUUCAAGGUCCCUUUCAGUCUCAUCAAAACUGUUGCAAACUGGGAGAGAGUGACGGGAAUUGAAAAUGAGUUACCUACCAACAUAAGUGAAACACAGUGCAGGGUGGUCCGUCCAAAAGGCAACAAGGAACUUUUGAGAAAGCAAUGAGAGCGUGAUGGAUGAACUAUGGAUUAAUGAAAAAUCAUCCGAAUGAUGGUGGUUGAUUUGGUUCGUUUCAAACGGACAUCAAAUGCGAGGGAUGAGGGCAGCACUUUUUUUCCAUUUUAUCUGGACCAAUUUGAAACUGUGACCAAUCGAGAUGUCACGGUGGCAACUUCUGACAAAUAUGUUUCAUUAUUUUUGAGGACCCGUGACAUCAUCGAGCAUCCUCGUCAAGUUGCUUCAACUGUCACACUGUUCGGAUCGCAUCAACCCCAAGUCCUUAAUCUAUGGAUUGCAUGCCUUGCCUUCCAUGUCUUCGGGAACUCCAUGGUGUGCGAGAACUUGUCCUGCUACGAUAUCAGUUCUGGUAAUCAUUGCCAGACCUUGGAGAACUUUUCCGCCAUCCCACACGUCCUCGAAGGCUGCCGUGCUGAAGAGGAGGAGAAUUCUCGGUGGUAGUAGUGGUGGUGGCGGUGGUGGUGGUAGUAGUGGUAGUAAUAGUAAUCACAAUAAUAACUGUAAUAGCGCGCUUUCUCGACUGUUCCGCGCUAUUAGAGUGCAUUCAACGUCCCUUGAGUUGCAAUCAUCAACGUGAAAACACGCCAAGAUAAGCACCUAGACUGCUUUUACCCUCUCCAAAAAAAAGAGCCGCCUGUGGAUCCUUCCCAGUCACAAGCACACAUCAAAGAGCUAUUGAUAUAAGAAUUGCAAGUGUCUUUCAUUUGUUUGUGUGGAGAGGACGAGGACAAAAGGCGACGAUCGAGCAACUAUUACGGUGUUGUUCCCGAGUGACAGAAGAUCCAUUCCUCUCCUUCGAAUAUUUUGCCCUUGUUGAUGUGAGAGUGUUACCAAGAAUAUGAUCUUUUGACGCACAUAUUCAUACAGCUCCACAAACGAACGAACGAACGAACGAACAAACGGACGGACGUACAACGUCUUUGGAGUCGGUCCAAUUUAUUCGUUUCAUCAAAGAAAAUGGCGCAAUUUGUCUCCUAGCGAACGAUUCCACGGCCAAUUGAUAGAGACAAGGGCAGACGGGAUUCCCGACCAAAACUGUGAGGGCUUUUGACAUUCAGGGUACCUUUGAAGUGGACCGUUGAGGCGUUAUUUUUUCAGUAAUUCAUUAUCCCGAUCAUAACGAUGGCCCACCAUCGCGCGGGACCCUCAUAAACGAAGUUCAUUCUCAUUAUCGUCCGUCAGGGCCUGAUCAACCUAAUCCGCGAUGGGCCAUCCGGAUAAAAUCACACCCGAUAUCGUGGAAUGGAUUGUGAGUGACGAUAAGGUGGUGAUGAAAUGGAAAGACUUUGCUCACCGACUCAAUUUGAACGUGUAUGUGCCGAAGAUUGACGAGAAUUACUCGUACAAGCGGAAGAAGUUCGAGAAACAAAAAAUGAAGGAACUUUUCGACGUUUGGCAACGCGCAUCCCCGAUCACGUUCACAAAAAGCCGUCUCAUGGAUAUAUUGAGCAAAGAGAACUGCACCGACAUGUACAUGUGGCUUCAGCUCAUGAACACGGAGAAAAACGCGCGGAAACGUGAGAUCACCUCACUUCUGGACAGCAGUCAGAGCACGCCACGCUCCACCAUGAGUCUCUCGCCCAAUCCUCCUCAUUCGUAUCUCAGUAGCGGGAGUCGACACUCCUCCUAUGCCACGCCCAAUGGCUCUGCCGCGGGUCUCUUGAACUUCAGCUCGCUGCCGAGUUCGCCGUUCUCGUGGUACUCUGACGACAAACCGUUCUCGGAGAAUCUGGCCACCCACGGGAUCCUCAAACGAGCGGUCAGACCGGCCUCGGAAUUAGGCUCCACGGCCACAGCCUCGUCCACCAAGUCGGAUGAUUACCAGGAUCUGAUCAUGAACCCCGGGGGUCACGGGGGCAGUGCUGAUUCCGGCAGUCGGGAAUCCACUCCGGAUUCGCUCACGCGGCCCAUUUCUCGGGUCAGUUUGGCCGAGAGCAAUGACACGCCCAAGGCCACCAAGACCAUUCGAUUCGCCGACGAUUUUGUCGAUGGUGACGAUGAACGGUUGGCGACGACAACGAAAAAGUCCACGAUCGAAAUCCAAGUCAAAAGUCCGCGAAAAGGGACGGAUAACAGUGUGGAUAAGUAUUUCGAUAACCUCAUCUCGAUGAUUGAGGAGGCUGCCAAUGAGUUGAAGUGAAGGCUUGCCGGCUUUUAGAUUGGCGCCCGUCCAUUCGAAUCAAAGUGCGAUUAACCAAGAAGAACCCGAAAAAUAUCAUAGCAGCGCGUGAGAAAGAAUGUCAUUUCAUCCCGCGCACCGUGAACGUGAGUGAAUGGAUGAUGAUGACGAUGACGUCCUUGGAACGAAUAACUUGUCAGUUACUGUUUACUACAAACUAGUUGUGUAAGACAAACAAGAUAACGUAAUCUCGUGAAUAAAUGCAAAUACCUAUCGAA